GCCAAUCAGCGUUACGUUUGGAGCACGGUUCCUUCUUGUUGUGAAGCGUCUAGAUACAAGGAAACUGCAAGCAGCCAGCCUUGUUGAAUUUAGUUAGCUUACGCAUUUUCCUUUCUCGCUGUAAGGCGAAUUACAUUUCUGAUUUAAUUGUAAAACGGUGUAAUUGAAAGAAUACUUCGCAAAAGCAUUAAAUAACAUUAACCUAUAUAGCAGACGGCAACUGUAAAACGUAUUUCCAGUAUGUUAAGAUUUAGCUUUAGGAGGGAGAAAGACAAGGAGUUUAAGCAUAUAGCUCAUGGUUUGAUCCCUGCUGCCUCCAUUGCUCCCAAACCAGCCGUACCUCGUACCCCUCCCCCUCGCAGCCCAAACCCCUCACCUGAGAGACCCAGGUCAGCCUUAGCAGCAGCCAUUUUAUCAUCCUCACUCACUGGGCAGACAUGGGCCAUCCCUCCUGCCCGGCUGAUGUCUUUAUCCGAGAGUGGUCAGUCAGAAUCCUUCACAUCUGAGCCAAACAUCAGCACGGCACUUUACACAAGAGACAGAUGGUCAGAAGAUUUGGUUAGCCGGCCACGUCUGUCCUCUCCUGACCAGUCAGAGGGGGAGUUGGAAGACAAGGAACAGGAAGUGGUGGAUGAAGAGGACGGGGAGGACCAUGUCUACCACACUCUGGACCGAAGGCAGAAUUCUUCACUCACCGAAUCUGUCUAUGCUCUGCCACUAAAAGCUAAGUCUGUCUUCAAGUCCACUACACCCCUGCCAACUCAGACUUCUGGCAGAAGAGAGCCUUCACCAGAUUUCACUGAGGAGACCAGUGGCCAAUCUCUAGAACCCAAAGAGAAGAAAAUGUCUGUGAGGAAGACUCUUGAAAAUUGGAAAGAUGAUGUUCCAACAACACCAGCCAUUUUAACUGCUGAUCACCCCAGGCAAGCAAGCCAAGCCAAAAGCCCCAAAGACCUCCGUGAGCUUCCUCCAGAACCCAGCAAUACAUACAGUGAACUGCGGAAGAAGGUAGUGAGGGACCGUCGGGAAAAGAACACAAGGAUGGUAGACAAAGAAAAGCUACUAGAGGAGAGACUGCAGCGCCUGGAACGGGAGAUCAAUGACAGCCAAGCCUUCUCAAACCAGAGGUCCUCUGCAGGCAGCCAAGCAGAGCUGCAGAAUUUGAGGCAACAUGCUCAGGAGCUGGUUGAUGAAAACGAUGCCCUCAAACUGACAGUUCACCGUCUGAAUGUGGAGCUGAGCCACUACCAGGCGCGGUUCAGACCACUGUCCAAAGAAGAGCACUCCAAAGUCAGUGGUUUACUAAACACGGGGUCUCCUCCUCCAUGGCUGGUUGACAUGAAGUAUUUAUCUCCUCUACUGCUGGCUUAUGAAGACAGGAUGAAUGAGAAAGAUGCCAUUCUGCAAACCACUGAGGAAAACAUGAAAAAGUUGCAUGUUCAAUUAGAGGAAGUCAUUAAAGAAAAUGAGAAACUCCAUGAUGAAAUUACCAAGACCGGAGCGGUCAAUCAGAAAGACUGUCAUCAAAUUCAACAACAGGCCGUUCUGGUUUUGCAAGAGAACCAGGUUCUCAUCAAUCAACUCGAGGCGCAGCAUGCUGAGGCCAAGGCCACUCACAGCAGACAUAACACUGAAGUGGCAAAAGUGUCUAAGAAACUGAUGUUAUUAGAAGUGGAAAACCAGCGCUUGGAAGGGGACCUGGAAGAAAGCAGGAGGGAGGUGCAGAAAAAUAAGAAGGAGCUUCAAGUUCUGCAGGCCCGCCUAAAGGAUGCAGUCACCUGGGACGAACACUGCAGCAUUGCUGGAAAACUGAGAAGACAACUGGAGCAGCAUGAGAGCAGAAGUAAGGGUGAAACUGACAAACUGCUUCUGAGAGUGUCUAACCUCCAGGAGGAGAACAGGAUUCUAGCUCUGGACAAAGCCCAGCUAACUGCAAAAACAAGAGCAAUGGAGGCUGAGCUGGAGCUCUCCAGGCAAGCCAACAGGAAGGCUGAAAGAAGAAUGAGUAUGUUGAAGCAACAAAAGGAAGAGUGUGUGUUGAAGGAGGAAAAGACACGGCACUACCUGGGAGCUGUCAUUUCUGUGGCAGAACACAUUUCCCAGGAGAGAGACCGACUAUUACACAUGGCAUCAUCUCUUCAGCAGGAAAAGCAGAGAUUCAUCAGCAGGAUUCUCAGUGGCACAGUUCGAUUUGGAAAACUACAAGAAGAAGUCAAAGUGUACCGGAGCCAGGCGUCAACCAGACUGGCAGCGUUGGAGGAGGCGGUGGAGGGGAGGACAGUGUCUUACCAGAGGGAGAUCCUUCACCUGCAGAUGCUGCUGAGAGAAAGACAGGAGGCAGAGGAGAAACUGCUGCAGUCCAAACGGGAGAUAGAGGAAGAGCUGGAGGUGGUGUGGGAGGCAGCAACAAGGGAGAACCAGCAGAUGAGGGAGACUCUUUUGGAUUCCAAACUCACUGGGGACCUCCACAGUUGGCCUGCUCAUGCUCCAGAUGAGAUCACUACAUCCUCCCAGCAGCAGCAGCACAAGCAUGGGCUGGAUUUCUAUUGCUGAAAUACCUAGAGCAAUAACCUGCAGGUGUGCCUGUCUGCUCAAAAUAGACUGCUCAGAUAACUGUCAACUUGUUAUAGUCAUCAUGUCAGCCUGCAGACAUCCAGCAGCUUGCCUUUGUGUCAGUUUGUUGUUCUAUCUGAGUGAUACCUGAAAUCUGUCUGGUGGAUGGAAAUAUUUGCAAUACAUGGAAGGAAACAGUAAUCACUUAACACAGCCAAGUCGGUGAGGAAGACUUGGCUUGAGCAAUAGUGAUGGAAAAAAAAGCAUCUAAGGAGUGAGACUCAUUCCUCAGAUAACUUUCAUUUCUAGAAGUGAAUGACUUUUGUAUAUUUUUGCAUAUAUUUGUAUUUUUUAAAUUAUUAUUCUCAGGGUUUUAUAAAACAUGCCAAGUAUAGUGCCAUACAGGAGAGUGGAGAGUUGCAAGUGGCCCUCUGUGACUUUUUUUGUUGCUAAGCGAAGAUUGCCAUCUGCUGGACAAAUGUAGUAACAGCAUUGUUUACUGUCAUGUAUUUGCGGGUCUACAUUUUAUACAAUGAAUGAGACAUGCUUUCCGGACACUGUUUUAAUCCCACAAAAUUAAAACAACUAAAGGGCACAAAAUAUAUUAAUAAAAGAGCAAACUUGUUUUUUUUCCAUGUAGAAAUGUGCAUAUAUACUUUGUUAUUUACAGACUUUUUACAGACCUUGUUUUGGACUUGUCGUUGUAUUUGCAUUACACAAACAGCAAUGUACUGACCCUUCAGAUGCCAUGUUAAUAAUAAA